AUGCCAAAUCUCGUCAACUUUUUCCCCUUUUACCCUUACGAGUCGUCGUCUUCCCCUCUUUCACCCGACUUCAUCUUUCGUCCUCAGUUAUUCCUCCAUUCCCCCAUUCACCCCAUCUCUCCCUUCUCAUCCUCAACCACCGCCCCUGCAUCAGCUCGCCUAGGCCCGCGCAUUCUCUUUCUUGGGCUCCACGGAAACUUCCCUUCUUCCUGCAUCUUCCCACCACAAACGAAUCCAUCCCUCCAUCAGAACGCCGGAACCCCCUUGACAGGUGUCUCUGAGCAGGGGUCUUGGACUCUUCUUCCUCAAUUCCCGCCCCGACCCUAUCUCGACCCGAGUGACCAACCUUUGACGCGCUCGACCCGUAACCGGGGACCGCGGCCAUCAUGA